GUAGUGAAUAUAGAUACGAUAGAUAGUCUGAAACACAAUGGGAAAAUUGAUGUAAUGCCCGUCUGCUUUGUUAUGGCCUCCGAAUGGUCCGCAAAACACAAAACGCAAAAUCGCCGAAAAAGUCGAGAAAGAACGACGCGGACAACCAGGGUAGACAUUUAAUGUUCACGUCCUACACGGACACGACGUCAGUUCAUAAACGAAACUUAUGCAUCGUCUCAUUCCCGAUUAUAUUCUUAUUCAACGUACUUCGAUCGCUCCUCUACCAAGUAUUCGUCAUACUACGUUUUAUUUACUGCAGUUCAUCCAAUUAUUUGGUCAAGUACAAGAAAGGCAACGAGGUCGCGAUAAAUCGACUUGAAAAUGUUGAAGGUGAAGGUGUUAUUGUAGCAGCAGAAGAAGAUAUGGCUCAAGCUCAACAAAGAAACUCUGGGCCUGGUCCUGGAGAUCCUUUACUUGCUAAACAAAAACAUCAUCACCGGAGAGCUUUUGAGUAUAUUUCUAAAGCACUUAAAAUUGAUGAAGAAAAUGAAGGUCAAAAAGAUUUGGCAAUUGAACUUUAUCGGAAAGGAAUCACAGAAUUGGAACUUGGAAUUGCUGUUCAAUGUUGGGGUGGACGUGGAGAGGUAUGGGAAAGAGCACAACGUCUACACGAAAAAAUGAAAAGUAAUCUUGCCAUGGCAAAAGAUAGGUUACAAUUUUUAGAGAAUAUAAAGGCUGUGGAAACUCUGGCUGUGCACACGGAACCCAAACCCGAGCCACCCAAAUACGUUAGUUGCAAUAGUUUUAUUCCUACCCUCAAAAAUCCUCAAUAUCCAACGACAGCAUCUGGAAAAAAAUUAACUGUAGCCGCAAAACGUCCAGUAAAUUCAACGUUAUCGAAAAGCCAAACAUUGCCAAGAUCAAUGGGUUCGCGUACAACCCCAGUCCAACCCGUUCGUCCUUUUAAUAAACUUUCUUCAACACCACCAGCUAUUAAAAAACAACUUUCAAUGCCAGGCGGUAGUAAUUCACCUGCAAGAAAAGCCAUAACAUCAGGUGCUAAAACAACGGGAGCUCGUAAAUCCCCAGUUAAUUUAAGAGGUGUUGACGCAAAAUUAGCACAAUGUAUCUUAGACGAGAUUGUAGAAGGUGGUCAAGCAAUUCAAUGGGAUGAUAUUGUCGGUCAAGAUACAGCAAAACAAGCUUUACAAGAAAUGGUUAUUUUGCCAUCGUUACGUCCUGAAUUAUUUACGGGUCUUCGAUCGCCCGCGCGAGGUUUAUUACUUUUCGGACCACCCGGAAACGGAAAAACAUUAUUAGCUCGCGCCGUAGCGACUGAAUGUCAAGCGACAUUCUUUUCGAUAAGCGCUGCGAGUUUAACAUCAAAAUACCUCGGCGAAGGCGAAAAAUUAGUUAGGGCGCUUUUCGUCAUCGCCAGGGAACUCCAACCAUCGAUAAUUUUCAUCGACGAAGUGGAUUCGUUACUUUCCGAACGGUCCACAAACGAACACGAAGCAAGUCGACGAUUAAAAACGGAGUUUUUGGUUGAAUUUGAUGGGUUACCAAGUAAUCCGGAAAAUGAGAAAGUUAUCGUCAUGGCAGCUACAAAUCGACCUCAAGAAUUAGAUGAAGCUGCUUUGAGAAGAUUUCCAAAGAGGGUUUAUGUUAUGUUACCCGAUUUGGACACGAGAAUUCAACUUUUAAAAAAAUUACUUGCCAAACAGGGAUGUUCUUUUAGUUCUAAUGAACUGAAAAGGCUUGCGACGCUUACUGAAGGUUAUUCGGGAAGUGAUCUUACUGCUCUUGCUAAAGAUGCUGCACUUGGACCAAUAAGAGAGCUUCAACCCGAACAAGUAAAACAUAUGGAUCCAGGAGCUGUUCGUGGUAUAACAUUAAACGAUUUUUUGGAUUCAUUAAAAAGGAUACGUCGUAGCGUUUCCCCUCAAAGUUUGGUCGGGUACGAAAAAUGGUCGCUACAAUACGGAGAUGUGUCCAUAUAAUAAUAAGAUUUAAGAAGUUGUUCUUGAAGCAAAUUUUUUGUUUUUAAACAUUCCUAUAAGUGAUAGACUGGAACUUUUUUUACUUUCCGCGUUUCCAAAAUAGACGCUUCUUUUCUUGUUAUUAGGUUUUUCCCAGUUAAAUUAACGAGUUUGUUAUGUUUAAUGCGUAUUAGAAUCACAAUUAAUUGUUGGUUGUUUUUUAUUUUCAAUUUAAUUUUAGCUUAAAUGUUCGCGUAGCGCAAAUAGUAUUAAUAAUGGACUUAUACGGUUAGAAAAGAAUUGAAUGAUGCAAUACUCUAGUGUUUUAUGUUUUAUUUCUAUUUUUUAAACGUAUUAGAGUGUGUGUUGAAUUUUUGAACAUUUUAUGUUUACAACGUUUGUGAUUUAAUUUUCUUCUCACAUAUUUAUUAACGUAAAUUAUUGCUAUUACCGACGUUAUUCGUUAGUAUUUUUUUGUAAUGUGAUGUAACAACCGUAUUUUAAUACACUACAAAAUUUGAUUUCA